UCGUUCCCAUUCGUGACCUCGGAGCAGCAAAACGGGUUCUAUCGGGCUCAUCGACGUGUAACAUGGGUAAGAAAGUGAAUCCAGUGAAAGAUUUCCUCGCAGGAGGCUUUGGCGGAGUAUGCUUGGUCUUCGCUGGCCAGCCGUUGGACACAAUCAAGGUGCGACUUCAGACCAUGCCGAAGCCACUACCUGGCCAGUCGCCUCUCUACAAAGGAACCUGGGACUGUGCCAUGCAGACCAUCAGGAAGGAGGGUCCCAAAGGUCUGUACAAAGGGAUGGCCGCACCUCUUGCCGGAGUCUCUCCCAUGUUUGCCAUCUGUUUUCUCGGCUUCGGCAUUGGCAAGAAGCUCCAACAGAAACAUCCUCAUGAUGACCUCACGUAUUUCCAGUACUGGAAUGCUGGGAUGUUGGCUGGUGUAUUCACCACAGCGAUCAUGACCCCGGGGGAGAGAAUCAAGUGUUUGCUUCAGAUCCAGGCAGAUGGUAAGACAAAGAAAUAUGCAGGCCCAAUUGACUGCGUGAAGCAGCUGUACAGAGAGGGUGGGAUCCGCAGCAUUUACCGAGGCACCGGUGCUACACUACUCAGGGAUGUUCCAGCAAGUGGAAUGUACUUCAUGUCAUACGAAUGGCUUCAGCAUGUGAUGGCCCCUGCAGGGUCCGAUCGGAGUGAACUGAGUGUGGGCAGGACGCUGUUUGCUGGAGGUAUGGCAGGCAUCUUUAACUGGACCGUCGCCAUCGGCCCGGACGUACUCAAAUCUCGAUUACAAACAGCCCCAGAGGGCAUGUACCCUAAUGGUAUCCGGGAUGUGUUUCGACAUCUGAUAAAGGAGGAGGGGCCUGCCGGUCUCUUCAAGGGCCUAACACCAGUCAUGCUCAGGGCAUUCCCAGCCAAUGCUGCGUGUUUCAUGGGGUACGAAUUGGCCAUGAAGUUCUUGCAUUGGAUGAUGCCAGAGAAUGAUUGAUAGUGGACAGUCUUUAGAAUAUUGCCAUUAUAUUAUUGUGAUAUCUUCAUUGUUGCGUUUAGUUCCUCGUUGUUUAUGUGCUUAUUCUAUGCCUGUAUAAAUUAUAAAAGAAGGAUAUAUUUUAGAACUGGAAGACUUCGGAAUAUGAAAGAAAAGCAUAUUAUUCACAUUAAGUACAUUCAGCUAUCAGGAUUUGGCUCAUCUUUGACCUAUUAAAUUACAGUAUGGACACUUGGCAUUUAUAAAAUUGUAAUCCUCCAAUGGUUAAAAGAAAGCCUGAAAUUCACAUUGAAUUAUAUAUUUUGUAAAAUUACAGAAAACUGCUGUAAAAAAGUGUGUUUAAAUGCUUCAAGAGUUGUUAGUCUGUAAAUUAAAAUUUUAAGUAGAGUGAAAAGAGUCAAAGAGGUAGAGAAACAUCACUUGUAAGUGUAGCUACCGAUACAAAUAAGUUUGUGAAUCUGCAGAUAUAUGUAGGCCUUAAAACUCCCACACUUCCCUCAUAAUUUGUAAAUUUCUUCGCAAUCAUAGGAUACAUUUAAGGGCCGGCCACAAUGCAAAAGUGGAUGGGGAAGGUAAAAAACUAAAACAUUUAAAAAGUUCAUGUUUUAUUUAGUUUUGAGGCACAAUCUUUUUUUAGGAGUGAAACAUAUAUUCUUGGUGACAUGUUUUGGGGAAGUAAGGAGUUGAAACAAAUUAUACAAAAGAAAAUUUUAUAAAAUUUUGGAUCAAAAAGCAUUCACAUUAUUUCGGAAAAGUCUGGUGACAUUAUUACUUUGUUUUUAUGUUAAAGUGCCCCAGACUACAUAUUUAACAAUGUCUUGAGAGUUCUUGAUGAUAUCUUGUCAAAUAAGAAAGUUAUUUAGAGAAAUAGUGGAUGAAAUUUAUUUCCGGGUUACAAAUAUGCAUGUAUCUUUUUUAAAAUAGCUGCAAUUAACACAAAGCCCCAAGACAUUGUUGAUUGGGCAGUUCUGAUAAAUUACACUCAUAAACAUAUUCUUUUUGUAUUAAGACAUUUCCGGCAAAACAUAAAUGCUUUUUUAUCGGAAAUCUGAUAAAAUAUUAUUUCAUCGAAAAUUGCUCGCUUUCUAAUUAUAGCUUUUCAUGUUGCAACGUAUAUAUAAAUCAUGCUUGUUAAAUAUUGAACCUCAAAACUGAACAGAUUAUUUUUUAAACAUUUUAAAUUUUGGUCCUUUUAUUGACUUUUGCAUUGCUGCCGGCCUUAAACUCUGUCUAUUUGACUACUCAAUCCCAUACAUGUGAUGCUAAUCUCCUUGAUGUUAGCCGGACUCUUUAAACUUGUACACCACACAUACAAGUCGAAUUUCGCUACUUCUCCAAAAUUAUUAUCAAUUCCACACUACUGUUGUUGACGAAGACCAUGUAACAAAUAUUUCGGAGUUUUUAAACUGAAUCAACAUGUAAGACCUGUAUGCUGUAAUACUUUCAUGAGUUUCUUUGUAAGCCAGUUCUCCUUUGUCUAGUCCAACCAUUUAUUUGUCAAUAUUGUUAACACAUUAAUUAAAUAACAUAAUGUCUAAUGUUUAGACUUCUCUUUAGCUAUGGGGAUGGAUGUUUUACUAGUGUUAACUUAUUUCAGCAAAUUCAUUUGAACCCCUGUUUCUGUUAAGUACUUCCUUUAUGCACUUAUUUAAUUGUGAUAUAAUUAUAUUAGGAUAAAUAUAGGUAAUGAAUCUUUGCAUGAGUAUUUUGUUAUGUAAAUUCGACUGCAUUUUGUUGGAGAUACUGAUUGGCCCAUUCACAAUAAUGCAGCAUACCGAGUGUUGUAUAUGAUCUGUUAUGAUUAUAUCAUUAAUCUGUCAUGUAAUUGACAGGAGACAAUUAACUGUCAAUAUAUAUGUACAUGGUUAAUGUUAUUGGUGCACAUUAAAUGAGAAAAAUAAAGAGUUUCAUCAAUGA